AUGUACGCCAAGCGGACCUACGUUUGUGUUUUGGGUCACGUGAUCGAACAACACGGUUUGUGUCCGUUUCCCUCAGUUGACGUUGUUGUUGUGUUGUUGUUGUAUUUCUGGUGAGAAACACUUCAUGGACGUUCACCUCAAAACGGCAAAGAUGAUAGCCUUUGGUGAUGCACCUUAUAUUCAGUAAAGCCUCUUCCAGACUUCUUGCGUAGACAUAUAAUGACAUGGAAAGGCAAUGACAGGCAAGUGGGUAAUUCGAGUACACGUGCAACGGGGUAUAUUCUUUGCGUUGAGAAGACUGGCUGGGAAUUAUUUUACCAAUUUCGUCCCCUGGGCUUCCUAAAAAUGGCAGAUGAUUGGGCAGGUUCGAGGUUGCUGUGCCAAUCGAUAGCAAUCGAUGAACAGUUUUUGUGUGGUUAUCCAUUGACUGAUACUAAUUGAUACCAAUUAACUAAUUUUAUCAAUUGAUCAAUUGGUUUUUGGAUCAUUGAUUUCCAUUGAUUGCAUACCCCGGGUUGUAAUUCUCAUCAUUGUUAGCAGCUGUUAUUGUUUUAGGGCUAGGGUCAUUGUUUCUGUUGUUUGUUCUAUUGUUCUCUCAAAGGGUAGCAAGCCAUUCAUGUGAGACCUGACGAGAGCUGUUGGAUGGCAGGGGUGUUUUGCUGAAUGCCAAAUGCACUGUUUGCAUGAGGUUUAGUAGUUUCACUCAUGUUUGCUUCCAGUUAGCUUUUGUUUGUUAAGGACAGCAUUAUAUUGCAUAUGGCCCUGUCCCACAAAUAAAAGCUAACUGCAAGCAAAUGUAAGCGAAACUAACCGCAAGCAAACAGUGCAUUUGGCGUUCUGCAUUCUGCAAAUUGCCCCUGCUGAGUUGGGGGGUCUGGGAGAAUUUGAAGGUUGAGUUCUUUAAAAUUCUCCCAAUCUUUCUUGAGGGUUUUCAUCAGCCAAUGUAAACAUACACAUAUUCUGAUUUUGCCAUCGAUACACAACUAAGGACACUCAAGAGCUACGAGGUAUGGGUGCAUUGGUCAGCUAUCUUUGUUUUGACCUAUCAGUAAGACUGCAGCUUUAUGGAUGUAUAUCCGAUGUGCACCACAUGUACAUCUGGUCUGGGAUAUUUGAAAGGUAGAUAACGCUAUCCACUGGUUAAAUCACUAUCCAGCAGAUAGUGCGGGACUGCAUGUGUACAUGUACCACCAACCUAUGCUAUGGUGCUACCUUUGGGGUCUUAUGAUUGUUAUUAGAAUGACAAUACCAAAAGACGAUAACAUUAUUAAAUAUAAAAAGAAAAUUAAAUAACAGUAUUUUCUCAUAAAAAGGGACAAACAAAUUAAACAUAGCAGAAGUUGUAUAUGGGAAAGCUGAAAGCGAAGUUUCUCAACCAUCUCAAAUGUAUACUUUGACAAGUAUUACUAAAUUGUCAAUCUGAUGUAGAACUGUUCAAAUGACAACUGAAAGUGUUUACAAAAUAAGUGUUCCAGCCUCCCUCUCCCUUAUACAUUCACCUACCAACCAGAUUUCUAGCACAUUGCAGCAGCAAAAAGCUACCUUUUCAUUACCUGCUAGUCAGUUCCCUUUCAGGAGCAUUACUCAAAAGGUUAUGAUUCAAUGACCUGUAAGUGCAAAACGUUAUUUUUUUUUUCAUCCCACUUCUAAUACUCCUCUAUGCAUGGCACUCACAGAGAUUGCAACCCAAAAAGAUUGAAAGCUGGGAGAUCUCAACUCUCAAAAUGUGGCACAUGAAAAUGAGGUCCACCAAUUUGACCACAAACUCAAAUAUCCUGCAAAAUGUCUCAAAUUCUGCCAAAUAAGUGACUGUGAAAAUAGGUAUUUUAAACACUAUCCUUAAUGUAACUGGGAGAUUUGGUAACCCGUACAGGAGAUCAGGGGAUUCAGUCUGUAUCCAGAGACUCCCUGAUAAUCUGGGAGGAUUGGCUUAGUUGCAGUCUUAAAAAGUGCUGAAAGCAGUUUGGGUGAUAAUUUCUUCCGUAGGUCAUCCUUGACAUUUCCAAGAUGCCCAAUGGUGAGAAAUACAACUGUACUCAAUGUGAUAAGUCAUUUAACAGCUCUUCAAGCUUAUCAAGGCAUCAGAGGGUACACAGUGGAUUAAAGAUCUACAAGUGUUGUCAUUGUAAAAGGAGUUUUAGACAUAGUACAACUCUGAAAACACACCUGAGGAUACACAGUGGUGACACACCCUACAAAUGCGACAGUUGUAACAAAGAUUUUAAACAGUUGUCAAGUUUUCAUAGACACGUUGCAAUACACAGCGGUGACAAACCAUACAGAUGUACUCAAUGCGAUAAGUCGUUUAACCGCUUAUCGAGUUUGACCAGGCAUUUAAUGAUACACAGCGGAGUAAAGCGUUUCAAGUGUUGUCACUGUGACAAGCGUUUUAACCAUUCCUUGACAUUGCAAUCCCACCUCAGGAUACACAGUGGUGCAAAACCCUACAAAUGUCAAUAUUGUGAUAAGCAAUUUAACCAAUCAUCAAGUUUGCGAAGACAUCUGAAGAUACACACUGGUGAAAAGCCCUUCCAAUGCAGACAGUGUAAUAAGACUUUUAAACACUCGGCAAGUUUGGAAAUGCAUGUUGCAAUGCACAGUGGUGAGAGAGUGUUCAAAUGUGAUCAUUGUGACAGGAAAUUCAAGCAUGGGUCAACUAUGCGAAGGCACUGCAAAAUCCACAGUGGAGAGAAGCCUUUCAAAUGUAGUCAUUGUAACAAGUGUUUCAACCGUGCAUCAAAUCUGCAAACACACUUCAGGAUACACACCGGUGAGAAGCCCUACAAAUGUGACCAUUGCGAUAAGAGUUUUAAUCAGUUGUCAAAUUUGCGAUCACAUCAGCGGAAAAUAAUGGGCAAAAGCCCUUCCACUGAAGUAGUCGUUGACACAAGCAUAGCGAUUGACACAAUUAUCUCUCCCUGUUAUGAAAUUAACCAAAACACCUGAAAAUAAGCAGUGUGGAAUGGAACGAAGCUGAUGAUCCAAGAGUCACCCAAAUGACGGCUACAGUAGCUGCAGUUAUCAAACUUUACAGUAUUUAGUAAAUGUGAAACUAAUCAAAUAGAAAGGAUUUUUUAAGAACAUUGUGCUAUAAAUCAUCAUGACCGGCAAAAGUAUUUCAUGUUUUGUUUAAAAGUUAGUUGUUACCAAGUAUACACUGAAUCACAUAUCAAUAGACAGUGUGAUCAAAUUUCUCUUUUUGUAUCCUCACUCAAGGUGUAGUAUAUUUUGUUGUUGGUUUAGUUGUCAGAAAGCAGGUUAGCAAUGAACUGAAAUCGCCAUUCCAGUUACUUAUUCAUGCUAUAAUGUAUUGUUGGAAUUUUUCCAGGUGGUCUUGUGAUGUAGUCAUAAUAAUAUUAUUUUUUUUGGAAAAAAUAGAGCUCUAAAGAGGAAGCUAUAUUUUUAUGAAUAAACAUGUGGCAAAAGGCUGCUUGUUGCUAUAAUCAGGGACAAAUUAAAGUGUUGAAAUAUUUUUGCAAAUGAGACAUUUUUGAACGGAGAUCAGUACUUCCCUUGAUAAAAGACACCUUUUGUGUCAAUAGCCACUCCCAUAGCCCCAAUCAAUUUUGAAACAGGCUUUGGCAAUGCUGUUACGUGGUCACAACAUUGGAAAGGGAGAGGGGGAGGAAAUAUGAGGAGUGUAGGUAGGACAAAUUACUCUUGAAGGGAGAAAGUUUGGUUUUGGGCAGUGCCUCAACUACUUUUGCCCUGAUUGUAGCAUUAGUAAUUUUCUUAAGUGUAAGUUGCACACUCGAUUUUGAGUAAGGAAACUUAUUGACAGUUGGUCUGUCAACCACUUCUUCCUGAAGUUUUUCAUAACUUUAAACAUUUGCUGCUUUUUUCUUAAAGGAGCUCAGUCAUGAUAUUUUGAGUUAUUUUGGCCACUUACAAAAUCACUUUGAAAUUGAA